GUGCAUCAUCUAUGUUGCAAUCCCCGGCAAGGUACUGGUCGAUGACAGCGCUUUCUCCAGUCACCAACUGACAGGGCCGUCGACGUUCUUCAGCGUGUCUCUCCAGGCACUAUAACACCGGACGCCCGCGUCCCGCUCGAAGCACUUCCGAGACGCUCGCUAGCUCAGUGAGUAAUGUGGAGUACACGUUGGUACUGUGCUGACCCGUGAGCAACAGGCUAUUCGAGGUCGCCUGACCGCAAAAGAGGCGAAUGCCAGUCGCACCGCCCGUAUGUCAACACUGUCCCCACAGAGCACCGCCCUCUCCACCAGCACCAGAAGAUCGAGUCUCUUCGUUCCCGCCCCCAAUAACCCGCACUCAUUGAAAGGCGAAGCCGUAUUGGCAAUUGAUCUUCAAUUCCACGAAGCCCUUCAGCCUCCGGUCUACCCUCGCCUCUCUUCGCGAACCGCUGAAGGUACCCUCCGUGACCUUAUUGGCAAUGCGGCAAGCACCCAGGCAUCUCGUCCCCCCCUCGACCUUCACGUUGAGGUCGAGAUCCCCUCCGAGCCAUUAUCGAUGACGGCGGAACAGCAUCAAUCCGCUCUACCGGAUAGCCACCUCCGGCGCUCAACCUCCGCGGAUUCUUUGUCGACGGUCUCGUCUUCGGAGGCACCUGCGACACCGAGGAACCACUCCCCGUUAUUGGGGCACAACAGGCCCACCCUUGUUGACCUGGAAGAUCAUUCGAGGUUCAGGUCGCCAGGUGUGUGUGUGACGUGUAAAAGGCACGGUGCCAAUUUCCCGACUUGUUCGAGAUGCGGAGAAACAUGGUGUUCGAGGGGUUGCAGGUUGAAAGGAAGCAAUGGGACUAGGCACCAUUGCCACGAAGGUCUGUCGAUGUCCGGUCCUCUUAUCCGACCAUUGUGUCCUAGCUCCUGCUUCUGCCUCAUCACACCCAAGCGUUCUCUUAUCAGCCCGUCCCUAGCGUAGACCGCUACGGCCAAUUAAUUGCAAGCAUUGUCUACUCGCACUUGUAUCUAUACAGCAUCGACAGUCACAGUAGCAUUCACACGUAGUUAGCAGUAAAAUUUAUAGAUGUCUGGGCCUUUUUAGUUGAGCAGUC